CCUCAGAGAGGGAGGGCGAGGGAGAGCUAAAAAGAGUGACUCAAAGUGACAGGGAGUGGGUCAGAGAGGUAGAGGGAGGGAGCCACAGGGGCACAGCGAGUGAUACUGACAGAGAGAGAGAGAGAAGGAGAGAGAUCCAGAGUUAUGGCGCCUGUGACCGGACCACUGGCGCUCAUGCUGCUACUUCUGGGGUUAGACCGCUACACUUCCUCUGCUGCUGCCGCCAAGAACCGGUGUGACAAGACAACCCUGGUGAUGACCAAGACAGAGUGCCACUCCUGUAGCAUCAGCUCCAACGUGGGCUGUCCAGCAGGCUUCAACAAAAAGAUCCCCGGGAAGGGAAACCCAGACUGCAAGUACCGUGUGAGUCCCAUGGCCAGUCUGGUGCUGAAUAUCAAGGGCUGUUCUCAUGAGUGUUACAAGGAGGUGGUUGAGCCUCACUGCUGUCCAGGGUACUGGGGACCAGACUGCAUCGAGUGCCCAGAGGACGCAGACAGGCCCUGCAGUAAUAAUGGACUGUGUUCUGAAGGCAUGGGUGGCAACGGGAGCUGCAGCUGUAAGCCUGGCUUCGUGGGAACAGCUUGUGAAGACUGUGCAGAUAAUCUUUACGGCUCAACCUGUAGUUCUGCCUGCACGUGUGGACAUGGCCUGUGUAAUGCUGGUAUCCACGGUGACGGGAUAUGCACCUGCUUCUCUGGGUAUAAAGGCCCAAAAUGUGAUCUGGAGCUGCCGGAGUGCUCUUCUCUGCUUUGUCCACAGAACACUCGCUGUAUGCAGGGCUCGCUGGACGGGUCGCUGCGUUGUCAAUGUCUACCUGGCUACCGAACCUCUGGAGAUCAAUGCAUAUCCAUAAACCCGUGCCUGCAGCAGGUGUGCCACAUCCAUGCCACCUGUGCCCAUGUGGGGCCCAACAAGCACUUGUGUACCUGUGCCCAGGGCUACAGUGGGGACGGGCACGUGUGUGUUCCCAUAGACCCCUGUCAAACACACCUGGGGGGCUGCUCUGCUGACUCUGCGCGCUGCGUGUACGAUGGGCCAGGGAAGUCUCAUUGUGAGUGUCAAGACGGGUUUGACCACUUGACAGGAGGGGUGAGCUGCAGCCUGAAGGACUUGUGCAGACCUAACUCCUGCAGCAAACAUGCCAACUGUUCAACAGUGGAGCCAAACAUAGUAGAGUGCACAUGUCACGAGGGAUACGUGGGCAACGGCAAGAUUUGCUAUGGCAACAUCAUGCAGCGUCUGAACGAUCUGAACUCAGAGCCCGGAGGCCAAUGGACCGGUCAGCUCAGCAAUGCCAUCACACUCUUUGGUGCCAUUACUUGGCCCCUGAGCAACUUUGGCCCCUUCACCAUCUUCGUCCCAAUCAACAAGGGCUUCAAAGGAACUCCGCUGAUACCUCUGAUGGCUGACCCAAUGAAGGCUAAGUACCUGUGUAAGCUGCACAUUUCUCCCGUGGAGAUGCCCUAUGACAUGCUGAACAGAGGGGUCAUCUACUACACUCUGACGGGCAAGGCAGGGGAGACGGUGACAACAGAUGACGACAAGCAGCUCAAGAUCCGUAUCCAUGGCAGCAGGAAGAAGGGCGGGGUCCUGCAGUCUGAUGUCAUCGCUUCCAAUGGGAUCAUCCAUAUUAUCAACAAGCUGAUGGACAGUGUCUCACCCACGGUGGAGAGCGACAAAGAGGAGAAUCUGAUGAAGAUUCUAUCAGACUAUGGGAAGUUUUCCAAGUUCAAGGAAUUGUUGAUGAAAGCCAAUGUUGAUUCUGUAUUGGAGGAGGCUGGGCCCUCCACCAUAUUUGCCCCCACCAACACAGCCUUCAAUGCCAUGAAGGAGGGACAGCUGGACUAUCUCACCUCUAGUGAGGGAAGCACUAAACUACUGGAGCUACUAAGGAAUCAUGUGAUCCCCUCAUUCAAUUUGGAGUUCUAUAACGCUGUGAGCAACCAGCGGAUUAGGACCAUUGCCAAUCAGAUCCUCUCGUUCAAUGUGACUGAAAACGGUCAAAUCCUGGUCAACGGCAUGGCUGUACUGGAGGCAGACGUGGAGGCCAAGAACGGACGCCUCUAUUCGAUGGACGGAGUUCUAAUCCCGCCCUCCAUCGAGCCGGUACUGCCACACAGGUGUGACAUCACAGAGAACAAACUUUUGAAGGGUGACUGUGUCAGCUGCUCAAAGGUGACCAAGUCCGGCUGCCCAUCCGGAGUGUCCACAAACACCUUCCUUCGCGGCUGUGUGUUCCGGAACAUAUUGAGUUUCAACAUCCUUACGUUUGGCUGCGCCCCCAUAUGCAACAGGACCCUCACGACACCACUGUGCUGUAAGGGCUUCUAUGGGCCAGACUGCACCCCAUGUCCUGGAGGGUUCAACACCCCCUGCUCCCGUCACGGACAGUGUUCUGAGGGGAUCGAGGGAAACGGGACGUGUGUCUGCGAGACCAAUUUCAAAGGCUCCCGGUGUCACUAUUGCUCCAACCCCAACAAAUACGGACCAGCCUGCGACAAAACUUGUGACUGUAUCCAUGGUGUGUGUGAUAACCGUCCCGAGGCAGAAGGGCGUUGUAAGGUGGACUCCUGCCAGCAGGGCUACACUGGCCAGUACUGUGAGCGCCACACCCAGGCCUGUGGCCCCCAGGUGACCUUCUGUCAUGCCCACGCAGAGUGUAACUUCAACGGAGGGGCAGUCAGGUGUGUGUGUAACCCUGGUUUCCAAGGCGAUGGGAUCACGUGCGUGUAUACAGAACCCUGUGCCCUUCCGCACCGUGGAGGAUGCGAUGUGAAUGCCAAGUGUAUAAAGACAGGGCCAGUCUCACACACAUGCCAAUGUUUGGCAGGAUGGAGGAUGGAUGAGGAUGGGUGCCAGCCUAUCAAUGACUGCCUGGGCCCUGACAGAGGGGGAUGCCAUCCCAAUGCCACCUGCAUCUACGUGGGCCCUGGACAGAGCGGCUGUGCGUGCAAGAGUGGUUUCCGUGGCAAUGGGAGGGAGUGCGAGGCGAGCAAUCCGUGCGUGGCACAAAAUGGCGGCUGUCAUUAUCUGGCAAGCUGUCUCUACGUGUCCGGUGCAUGGAAGUGUGUGUGUGAGGAUGGAUACACAGGUGACGGAGAGGCGUGCUACGGCAACGUGGGACAGGAGUUGAUGGCCCUUCCUGAUGUCUCUGAGUUCGCCAAAUGGGUGACUGACAUAGGCAUUUCCCAGCUGCCACUCAUGAACAGUCAGAACAUAACUCUGCUGGUGCCGUCCACAGCAGCUACAGACAAGAUGACCAAAGAGGACAAGGACUUCUGGACAACCCAGGGGAACCUACCCAGUAUCAUCAAAAAUCACAUGAUCCAAGGUGUCUACUCACUAGAUGACCUACGCGAUGCGUCCUCCAACUUGCAGCUCACUUCCGUUCUGAAGAAGGCUCUUCCUGUUACUAUGACCAAUGAGUCCACAGUGAUUGGAGGAGCCACCAUAACAACCGCGAAUGUGGCUUCAACCAAUGGACUGAUCCACAUUAUUGACACAGUGUUGGUUCCAGAGAGGAGUCUCAGUGAGGGGCUGCUGGAGCUGCUUGCACGGAGGCCAGAGUUCUCCCUGUUCAAGAGUUACCUUGUCCAUCACAACCUGACAGCAGAGAUAGAGCAGGCCUCGGCCUACACAGUGUUCGCUCCAACAGACGGCGCUGUCCUCGAGUACCUCAAGAAUACCGCUUCAGACACCAUGGACCUGAAUACGACGCGGUACCACAUAGUGCUGUCUGAUAGGUUAAUGAAGGUAGACCUGCUGGGUGGAACCUACAAGGAGACCAUGCUGGGGUUCUCCUACCAGCUAGGCAUCUUACCCAGGGAUGACAAGUUGUUUGUGAAUGAAGCCCAGGUAAAUGUGUCAGACAUCCUGGGAGGUAAAGGGGUGAUCCACGGCCUAUCUGCAGUACUAGAUAUCACCAAAAAUCGCUGCGACAUCCAGCAAUUCAAGACAUUUCCGGGAUUGUGUCAAGAUUGCUUCUACCCACAACUCAACUCCUGUCCAACUGGAGCUACCACAAUAGCAUUGGUCAGGAAAAAGUGUAUGUUCAGUCGGGUCUACCAGGGGGAACGGCUGCUCAGCAUCGGCUGCAGGACCAUCUGCAAGAACACUACCAUUGUGCGGAGGUGCUGUGGCGGGUUCUACGGGGAGCACUGUGAGCCGUGUCCAGGGCCCAAAGGCCAGCCUUGCAAUGGGAACGGGAUGUGCCAGGACAGGACCAACGGUACAGGGGUUUGCCAGUGUAACAAGAGCUUCAACGGGACUGCUUGUGAAACGUGCCAGGAGGGCAAAUACGGCAUCCACUGUGACCAAGACUGUAGGUGUAAGAACGGCCGGUGCAACGACGGUAUCCAUGGAGAUGGGACAUGCGAGUGUGAUGCGUAUUGGAGAGGGGUCGCCUGUGAUGACAAGUUCAUGAGAGAAGAGAACUGUGGGGACAGGAAGUGCCACACCAGUGCAAUAUGUGUAGUAGGUCGCUGUGAAUGUUUGGCAGGGUUUCAGGGUAACGGCACUGACUGCAAAGCGAAAGAUGCCUGCAAAGACAAUAACGGAGGAUGCAGUCCUCACGCUGUGUGUAAGAGGACUCUCCCUGGACGCAGGCAGUGCGUGUGCAACACGGGAUAUCACGGCGAUGGGAUGGUGUGUGUACAGAUUAACCCCUGCCUGGACGGUAAAGGAGGAUGCCAUGUGAAUGCAGACUGUAUUCACACCGGACCUAACAAAACGUCGUGUGUGUGCAGCCAAGGCUACACAGGAGAUGGGAAGGAGUCUUGUACGGUUAUCAACCUCUGUCGAACGAAACAAAGGGACUGCCACAGGUACGCCAGGUGUAAUAUGACUGGUCCAGGGGAACGCAGCUGCACCUGUAUGAAUGGAUAUGUGGGCGACGGCAUUAGCUGCAAAGGCACUGUGGGCAAGGAGCUUCUCACCAGGAAACUGAGGGAUUUCUAUCUUGGGUUGAUGAUGGCAGAUAUCUCUCUGAAGGGCCGGGGUCCAUUCACAGUCUUUGCUCCAACAGCUGAGGCCUUCGGCCAGGGGGAGACGGCAAAAGAGUUGAGGCAUCCCUCAAAGAGAGAGAAGAAGGCCAAGAUUCUUCGCUACCACAUUGUGUCAUGUCAUACCCUAUUGGCCAGCGACCUGACCACGCCCAGAAACCUGACCACUCUCAUGGGAGACGUCUUGACCAUCACCUACUCUGAGGGUACCAUCCUCAUCAACAACAUGGUGAAAGUGGUGCACAGUGAUGACCCGAGCAUCAAUGGGAUCAUCCAUGAGAUUGACACCUUCAUGAUACCAGAGAGCCUGAAGAAGGCUGAUGUGAUAGAGGGGCCAUUGAACCUCACUGAUGUGGCUGAUGGUAAUGGUUACAAGACCUUCUACAAACUGCUGUUGGACACCGAUGUGCUGGCAAUGGUGAACGACCCCCUCCACCAGCCCGUGACAUUGUUCCUGCCGUCAGACCGCGCCAUGGCCGCACUGCCCCAGGAGCAGAAAGACUUCCUUUACAACACACAGAAUAGAGGACACCUGCUGGAGUACCUCAAAUACCACAUCCUCCGAGACACCAAGGUGUAUGCAACAGAGCUGGUCCACAUCGAUCCUAUACGGACGCUCCAGGGAUCCGAACUCAAAGCCAACUGUGGAGGGCUGGACAACAUAGGUGAAAUCUUCCUCAACGACGGGAACUGCCGAAUCAUCCAGAGGCACCUCCUCUUCAACGGUGGGAUAGCCUAUGGGAUCGACUGUCUGCUGAACCCGCCAAGCCUCGGGGGUCGCUGUGACAGAAAGGAAACUGUAGAUUUCCCGCUACCCUGUGCAUUCUGCACAUCAUCAACACGCUGCCCCCCUGGGUCCAAACUCAAGGAGGUGAAGAAAUGUGACCUGCACAUGAUAGUGAAUAUGAAUAAAGGCUGCCAGGCCAUAUGUACUUUUGUUCUCUGGCAACCCAAGUGCUGUGCUGGCUUCUACGGACGUGACUGUCUGGUUUGUCCUGGCGGGAAUACAUCUCCCUGUUUGAACCAUGGAAAGUGUGAUGACGGUCACCUAGGCAACGGUAACUGCACAUGUGACACUGGUUUCCAUGGCGACGCCUGUGAGUUGUGUAAAAAAGGCCACUAUGGACCGGACUGCACAGCAUGUAACUGCACAGAGCAUGGGUCAUGUGAAGAAGGCCUUAAAGGGACAGGCUCCUGUUUCUGUGAACAGGGCUGGACCGGGCAGCGCUGUGAGACACAACUAGCGGAGGGUCCAGUCUGCUCGCCAACCUGCUCUCAGAACGGCAUAUGUAAAGAGAACAACACCUGUGUAUGUAAACUUUUCUACGAGGGAGACGGCAUCAGCUGCAUAGUGGCCGACCUGUGUAAGUUCUGGAACGGUGGCUGUGCCCAGGGAGCUAAGUGCAGUCAGAAGGGGGAGAAGGUGAGCUGUGCCUGCCCUCAGGGACACUCUGGAGACGGCUUCAUCUGUCGGCCCAUAGACCCUUGCUCCGUCGAUGACAACGGGGGUUGCCACGAGCACGCCACCUGCACCAUGACUGGGCCGGGAAAGAAGAAGUGUGUGUGUAAAGAUAACUACAUCGGGGACGGUGUGACGUGUGAGGUGAAGGAGCUUCUUGUGAACCGUUGUCUCCAGGAGAACGGGCAGUGCCACUCUGACGCCCAGUGUACCGACCUUCACUACGAGGACAGCACAGUCGGUGUGUUCCACUUCCGGUCCAACAAGGGACAGUACAAGCUGAACUAUACAUCGGCCCAGGAGGCCUGCACAGGAGAGGGGGGAUCCAUCGCCACGUACACACAGCUCUCCUAUGCACAGCAGGCUGGGCUCAACCUGUGUGCGGCUAGCUGGCUGGACCAGGCCAGAGUGGCCUACCCCACCACCUACUCCAACCCCAAGUGUGGCUUUGGUCACGUGGGCAUCGUAGACUACGGCUUACGCAACAACCUCAGUGAGACCUGGGACACCUUCUGCUACAGGGUCAAGGAGGUGAAAUGUGAAUGUAAAGCAGGUUAUAUAGGAGAUGGAUACUCCUGCACUGGAAACCUCCUGCAGGUUCUCACUGAGAAGCCCACCUUCUCCAACUUCCUCUCUCAAAUCCUGAACUACUCCCAGAUGUCCGUGUCAGGAAAACAGUUUAUGAAGCGCCUCAGCAACCUGACCAUCCAGUCCACGCUGUUUGUACCUGAUAAUACCGGACUGUACCAGAACCAGACACUGACCCACAGGGACAUGGAGUACCAUCUCUCAGAGGGCCGGGCCUUGGCCCUGAAAGACCUGACCAACGGCAGCCGUAUCCGCACCCGGCUGGGCCAAAGCCUCGUUGUCCUGGGUAUUGUUGACUUCCUCAACCCCAAGGCCCUGAGUUCCUCCCGUUAUAUCAACGACCGCUUCAUCGUCGACUCCGACAUCCUGGCAUCCAAUGGGAUCAUCCAUGUGCUGCAGGGACCCCUCAAAGCCCCACCCCCUUGGAUAGUGCUCCACGCGGGUCACAAGGCAGGGAUGGGGAUUGGAGUUGUGCUGCUGAUCACGCUGAUGGCUGUGGCUGGGUUUGUAGGCUACCACUUCUACACCCACAAGACCAAACCAUUCCAGUUCCACUACUUUAAGGAAGAGGACGAGACGCCUCCAGACUGCAACCCUGCCAUCUGCAACCCCAACAUUGUUAACCCCACUUAUGACUCCGCCCCUGCCACAAGUGAACCAGUUCCAUCUGAGCUCCCUGAGGAGGACAAACACCAGGUGGUAGAGGGUGGCCCGUAUGACCUGCUCCAGGACUGCUGAGAGGGGCACACACACGUCACAGUCCUCACUCUCCCUCUGAUAAAGCUGUGAGGAGUGCUGCUACAUGUUGUUCACAUGUUGACCAGUGGAGGGCAGCACUGUGGGACUACUAAGAGCACAAUUCCAUCUGAACUUCAGCACUACAGAAAUGUUUUCCGAUUCCACCGACAUAUGAAGCAUUUACCAUGAAGGCGGGAACAUUGCCGUUGAAUUUAAAUAGCGCUAAACUUCCACGGCACAGCUUGAAUCGAGCCCGAAGACUAUCCUCCCCAGACAGAGUUGGACAGUGCCCUAGGAAGGACAAACAGGGCUCAGGCUCCCACAAAACAACCUCACUAUGGACUCAUUCUCAGUGCCUUGUCUAGUAAUGUGACCAGUCUUCCUGUGGCAUAAUCGUGAAAUAAAUAUUAUACAGAUUUUUUGGGGGGGGGGUUAAUUCAUCUACAAAAUAAGUAUUUUAAGUCUCUGUCAAAAGGUUUACCCACAAUUUCAAAUCUUUAAUAGUAUGAAACGAAGAUAACCAGAUGCAACCGUCUUUGUUGAUAAAACAUUUGAAGCAA